GUGGACAGGCCUAUAUAGGACAUCUAGACGCAAACACCUCACUAUAGUCACUCAGCCAGAGCCAAAAUGAGAGCAGCACUUGUAACCGUGUUGCUCUGCCUCGUGGGCACUGCAUGGACAGAGGAGACCUUUGAGGAAGCUGGUGCAACCGGCCGCGGCCCCAGAAUUGUGGAACAGAAAUCUGACUCUACAUGCAAGCAAGAAACCAACUGGCAAGUCUGUGCAGACGAUGACUGGGGUCCCAAGUGUCCUUCAGGAUGCAGAGUUCAAGGGUUAUCUGACAAGACUGACAAAGAAUUUAGCACAAGAAUUGAUGCAAUUAACAAGAAACUAAAGGAUAGUCAAAGCAGUUAUGAUUCCAUUGACAUAAGAACCAAAGAAACAUAUAAACAAAUCAAGGAUAACCUAGUCGCAGCCCUGCAGACUGAUGGCUCAUAUAACCAGGUGUCUGAAAGUCUGAGGCAGAAAAUUGACAUUUUGAAACUAAAGGUUUCCAGGCAGAUUGAAAGAAUAAGGUUGCUGCAGAGGAACAUCAGAGACCAGGUGGUGGAAACAAAACGCCUUGAGGUUGAUAUUGAUAUUAAACUCCGUGCUUGCAAAGGAUCAUGUGCAAGGGGAGUUGACUUCAAUGUGGAUAUGGCGAGCUAUGAAAAUAUACAGAAGCAGCUCUUGCAAGCGGAAUCCACUGAUCUGAGACCAAGCUCAGAUCCUCUUCCUAUGCUUAAGAUGAAACCUCUGAAAGAUUCAACAGUUGAUUCCAAGUACAAGACACUGUUUUCGGAAAAAGAAAAGUAUCCAAUUUUCUCUGAUGUUGGCCAAUUUACAUUUGUGCUGGAAGGGAAAACUAAAGAGGUAACUGGACAUCCAGGGUCCACUACAUCUGUCACUAAUGUCCAGGGUAGUGUGAAACAGCCUUCCCAAACCACUGACUUUGUUAUCGUAGGUGAUAAAUCUGCACAGCCUGGUAAAGGGGGAGAAGUGAUUUCAGAAAGACGAGAAAUUUCAUGCACUAAAACUAUUCAUAAGAAAAUUGUUAAGGGACCCACUGGAACUAAGGAAGAAAUUAGUGAAAUAAUUAGUGGUGGAGAAGAGUGUGAAAAAUUAGAAAGGCUUAAGGCAGAAGGAAAGGGUGAGUUAGGUGCCGAUGGCACAUACAAUAUCCGAGUCACAGGGAGCGGUACCUUAGGAGGUUUCAAUUUUCCAAGCUGGGAAGACUUUGUUAGUGGUAAGACUGUGAGUAGCAGUAGCAGUGUUAGUGGUGGAUCAACUUCAAAAACUCAAGGUUCUUUGACUGCAGGAGAUGAUGAAUUUGAUGAUUUCAGCAAUAUAGACUUUAGCUCUCCUAGUUUUAGACCUGAUAAAACCUCAUCUGGUUCAUCCACUUAUUCCAAAAUGGUACACAGCAGUAGCAGCACAAAGGAUGGAUACCAUUCAAGCAAGCAAAUGAAGAGUGGGCCUGUAUUUGAAGAUCUUGGCCCCAUCCUGACUGAGAAGAGUGAGGAAGACAUGCCUGAUUUUGGGGCCCGCAGUGUGCAAACAGGAGUGAAAACGACUGGAGAUCACACUGGGACAGACUGUGCUGAUAUCCUCCAGAAACACAGUUCUGGUGGCAAAAGUGGCAUUUUCAAAAUCAGGCCAGAAGGAUCCAAUAAAGAGCUAUCAGUGUUUUGCGACCAAGAUACCCAAUUAGGAGGAUGGGUCUUGAUUCAACAAAGGGAAGAUGGAUCUGUGAAUUUUAACAGAACCUGGCAAGACUACAAGAAUGGAUUUGGAUCUGUGGAUGCAACUGGGAAAGGAGAACUAUGGCUGGGAAAUGAAUACAUCCAUCUGCUGACCCGAAAAGAGACAAUUUUGAGGAUUGAGUUAGGAGACUGGUCUGGAAAUCAGGUUUAUGCAGAAUACAGUUUCCACCUAGGAUCAGAAUCAGAGGGAUAUUCUCUUAAUGUUAAUGGCUAUGAAGGUUCUGCAGGAGAUUCCCUGGUAGAAGGCUCUAAAGAUGACGGUGAAUACACCUCUCACGCCAACAUGAAGUUUAGCACGUAUGAUAGGGACAGUGACAAGUGGGAGGAGAAUUGUGCAGAAAUGUAUGGAGGGGGGUGGUGGUAUAACAACUGCCAGGCUGCCAAUCUUAAUGGGAUUUACUAUAAUGGAGGUCAGUAUGAUCCAAGGAAUAAUGUCCCUUAUGAGAUUGAAAAUGGGAUUGUUUGGGUAUUGUUCAAACCAGCUGAUUACUCUUUGAAAACUGUGAAAAUGAAAAUUCGUCCUGUUGACACUGCAUAAAAAUACUUGUUUAUAUAUUACUGCACUCCCAUAAGCACCACUGUAUUAUGUGUUUUUUUUUUAUUGUUCCUGGCUUAAUGUAUAGCAGCUGUACCUGUAAAGAAGACUAAAUAACUCACUUCCAUUGA